CCGCCUUCUGUCUCCACUUCCUUAAAACCCUAGGAAGCGUUCCCCCUCUGGUUAAGACGGACGGUGUAGGCAGAAUCUGGAAACCCUUCCCUCCAGGAUCACUCACCCAGCCAUGCUUCGAUUAUCGAGCCGGCCAAGGUUCCUGGAUCGAGCUGUUGUGGUCUUCAACCGCAGAUCUGAAGGCCCCUUGAGUUCCUUCUUUUGUGAAUCCAGUAACUCGGAUCGCUCACAAAUCCAUGGUGUUCGAGGUUUGGAUGAUCUGAAAGGCAGUUCUUAUCUUCAUAGAAAUGUUGGAGCAUCAUCUAAUAUCAAUCUUGUGCCUCAAAUAUUGGGAAAUUUGGGUGCAAAAUUGGGUUUUCUGAAAGUGAAUGAAACUGUUUCUCCGCACAGUGCAUUGAGUUUUAGGUGUUUUGUGCAUUCUUCAGAUCACAAGGAGUUUGAGACUGGCAGAAAUUCUAGAUCCAUGGAUUUCGCGAGGGGAAUUAUGGAGAGAGGUGGAAGGGACACAGUGGGUGGCUCUUCAUUUGGCCAGUAUGGCGUUGAGCACAAUGCAGAUAUUGUCCAUAUAAAGCUGAUGCGCAACAACACUUUUGUUAGUGUGACUGAUUCUACGGGGAACAAAAAGGUUGGGGCUUCCUCAGGAUGUUUGUCUGAAAUGAAGGGAGGGCCAAAACUAUCUCGAUAUGCUGCUGAAGCAACUGCAGAACAUGUCGGUCGACUAGCAAGAAAUUUAGGACUGAAAUCUGUUGUGGUUAAAGUGAAUGGGUUUACUCACUUCAAGAAGAAGAAACAAGCAAUCCUGAGCUUCCGAGAGGGCUAUACCCAUUCACGAGGCGACAGAAAUCCUGUAGUAUACAUUGAGGAUACCACUCGGAAGCCCCACAAUGGAUGCAGACUCCGAAAGAAACGCCGCACAUAGGCUGAAAGCAAGAUGCUCAAUUGUAUCCAUUAUGUUGCUGUGGGGAUGAGGCUUAUAACGUGCUCUACCAGUAAAUGGAACAAAUAAGUGGUUCUAAAUUGUUUUUUUUUUUUACUACUGGUGCUUAUUUUGAUGGAAGGUUAGUAUGACAGUAACGGUAAGAUACAUGCACUGAAAAGGAUGCUUCUUAUCAUGUUUUAUUGAACUUACUGUUGUGUUUUAUCUUCA